GUUUGAACGGCAGAGUAUAGCAAGUGCUGAUAGAAGAGGAGAUGGAAGAGUAGGAAGACGUCCCGAUAUUAUGUUUAUAGUAAGGAGGAUGAACAAAUUUUACGAAUUAAUGUAUGCGGAAUGUUCCAGAAUUAACUGCACUAAACAAAAAGAAGAUGAUGAUAUAAAAUUAUGGCGUGAAUGCAACGAUGGAUUAUACUGGACACAAAAAAGUCGUAGGUUAGAAAAAGAACAAUUUGGUAUUAUCGGGAUCCAAGUAGCCAGAUAUUUUCGGUCAGAGGAACGUACAACGUAUCAUGUGUUAUUUUUCAAUCUUACUAUAACUUACGUGGUAAUAAAUGCUGACUCCCCAAAAUGA